AUGGUCGACUCUUCCAUGAUGCCCGAAUUGGGCCACAUCGUGGAUGUCCGACACUCGUCAGUGUACGGCAGCGUGUACGCCAUCGGUGACGUGGCAUUCUGCCUGGGCUUCGCCAUUGGUCCGGCCAUUUCCGGAGAGCUGGUCAAGAACAUAGGCUUCGAGUGGAUGCUGUACAUCAUGGCCUUCCUUUGCUUCCUGUAUGCCCCGCUCAUGCUUUUCAUUCGCAACGUGCCGAUGGACGGCGAAGUCAAGGCACUGAUGGAGAAGCAAGAAGGGACUUUCAGGUACGUCAACUACGUGGAUGAAGAAGAGGACGAAGUGGACUAA